AGAUGACGCACGAAGAGAACAAAGAUGGCGAUCCCGAGCACACGAAAAUUAAAACGAGCUGAAAUUUGAUAAAUAAAGAAUUUUUGUACUUAUAGUUUAAUUUCGCAAAAACGCAGCGGAGUAAAUCAAUUAACUAAAGUGUCGCGCGUACUUACAAUGUGUAAACGAAAAAUUUAUCGCAAAACAGUUCGUUUUUAGCUGUGCAUUUCAAUAUAAUCCCACAACACACAUAAUCUUACUAGUUGAAGUUGACUGGACAUUAUACAAAAAAGAGAAAAGACAAGAAAUUGGGUAAAUUUACCAAUCGCAAUCAAGUAUAAGGAUUCUUGGUAUUAAUACAACAAAAAAUGUAUAUGUAAUACAUAGGCUGUGGCUCGACGUCAACACUCUCGCUGCAACAAAAGGAAUUGCAUACAUAGAAUUUACAGUGGAUAUUAGGAUCUAUUGCUGAAAUGGCGACCAGUGACGACGAGCCGAUGCACUUGUAUGAGGUGUUCCAGAACUGCUUCAACAAGAUAGCCAACAAGCAACCUACGGGAACAGUUGGAGCGGAUCGCAGCGGCGGCGGGGGAUACCAUUCGCCUUAUGGCGGCCUCGGCGUAGAGAAUGGGAUGUACCCCAGUGACUUUAGCUCAAUGCACGAUGCAGGAAACGGGGGAAACAACAAUCGCUUCGCCAAUGCCUCGACCGUCGAUCAGUAUUUUGAUUCGGCCGCCGCGGUGGCCGCUGGCAGCGGAGGAGGUGGAGGACCAUGGUGUCAGUCAGGUCAAAUGGUGGGCAGCGGCAACAAUAGCUAUAUGGGCCAGGCAGCUGCUUACCAGAACAGCGGUCCGCUAUCGUCGCACGCCCUAGACCAGCAACAGCAGCAGCAGCAAGUGCACCAGGCGGAAGGACUUGGAAUGGGUGCCGACGGCAUGCUUUGUCCAGUGUCCACAGCAUUGCCGCCGAUGAGCUCCUUCCGCGCCAGCUCUGCCGGAGGGCAGCAGCAGCAGCAGCAGGCUCCAGUUAACGUGAAUUCCCCAGCCGUGUUCAACUCGCCGCAAGCCCACAAUCACAACCACAACCACACAGUACAAGCACAGCACAGUGCACUGUCCACGGCUGGACCGCUUGGCCAUCACUCGCUCAACCACACCACGCCGCAUCCACAUUCCUCCCUAACACAUCCGCAUCCGCACGCCCUGCCCCACGCUCACGCCCACGUCCUGCCCCACGCCCAUGGCCAUCACAGUCAGCAGAACAGUCCUGCGGUGCAGAGUUCGGAUGCGUUCAGUGGUGGUGGCGGCGCUGGGGCCAGCGUGAAGGUGGCCGGAGCUGGUAACUCUUCGGCAGCGGCCUUGAGACAACAGCAGAUGUACAUGCCGGCGGAUCAAAGUAUUAGUAGUUUCGGCUCAAACCCCUCCACGCCUGUUAACUCGCCGCCACCCUUGACUCAAUCGGUGGUCGUCGGAGAGCCGUCCGUUUCUGGAACUGCUGGCUGGGGUCAUUCGGUGCUAAAUGGCAGUGGCGGUGGCGGCGCCAGCUCGAGCUAUGCCAACGAUAUGGUUCCUGUCUCCAGUCUACACACAAUGGCCUCAGUGUUCCAGGGAGUGCGUAUGGAGGAGCGUCUGGAUGAUGCUCUAAAUGUGCUGCGGAAUCACUGCGAACCGGAGAUGCUGGCCGGCGUCAAUCAGUCGUUGGCCUCAAUCGACAACAUGGAUGCGGCGUUGGCUUCCUUUGUGCCGAACUCGCCGCCAUCGUCGCAUUUGGGCAGCGGCAGCGGAAAUGCCGGUUCUAAUGCGGCCUUAGUGCACGAGGUGCUGGCCUUGGGCGCAGCUGCUGCGGGUCAAGCCGGAGGCAGUCUGGCCAGUCUGAAGCUAGAUCGCAGCGGAGCUGCGUCCACGUCGUCGAAACAAGCGAAAAAGCGGAAGGAGCACACGGCCAUUAGUAAUGCGACGGCGGCAGUGGUCCCAGCGGGCGUCUCCACCACCACCUCAAGUCUGACCAGUUUGGACAUCUCUUCGGACACGAAGCCCACUAGCUCCAUUGAGUCCUCAAAUUCGGGACAAAUGGGGCAGCAUUCGGGAUCGAAAGGAUCAAAAAGACCGCGCCGCUACUGCUCGUCGGCGGAGGAUGACGACGACGCCGAGCCGGCGGUGAAGGCGAUUCGGGAGAAGGAGCGACGGCAGGCGAAUAAUGCACGUGAGAGGAUUCGGAUUCGGGAUAUCAAUGAAGCGCUGAAGGAGCUGGGACGGAUGUGUAUGACGCACCUGAAGUCGGACAAGCCGCAGACGAAGCUGGGUAUUUUAAAUAUGGCCGUUGAAGUGAUUAUGACGCUGGAACAGCAGGUACGCGAGCGUAAUCUGAAUCCGAAGGCGGCAUGCUUGAAGCGACGCGAGGAAGAGAAGGCCGAGGAUGGGCCGAAGCUAAGUGCACAGCAGCAUCACAUGAUACCGCAACCGCAGCCGGGAGGAGGAGGAGGCGGCGGCCCUGGGAGCAGUUAUCACAGCCAGCCUGCGCAGACCAUCAGUAGCAUGACCAUAUCCCUACCCGUCAACCAGGCCGCCAGCGGUGUCCUGCCACCACACUUACAGCAACAGCAGCAGCAGCAGCAAUCGCAGCUCGGGCACGUCCAGCUUCCGCAAUAGCAUGCACCAUGCAGGAGCCAUCCAUCGUCGUCGUCGUCCCUCUCUUCCAUAAAAACCGAAUGUAUUGAGGCCAAGUACUCGGCAGCAAGCUUGGAACUGGUGGAGAAUCAGGUUUUAAGCAAUAUGUUCUGGCGUUGUCGUCGUCCUCCCAAAUUGCAGCCACAACAAAAAUCCCAUGUACAACACUUUUAAAUACACCCACACAACAAAAAUAUAAAAACUAAAAAAUUAAAAAACAACUAUAAAAAAAAGAAGAAAAGCGCCCAAAUGAUUGCCAAUCCACAACACAUACACACACACACUCUCUAUUGCUCUUUUUAACAAAAAAAAAAAAAAAAACGAUUGUAUAUAGCUGUUCCAUUAUGUUUAAUAACCUUGGGAAGAUCAUUUUCGUUUCUUUAGAAUGUUUUUCGAUUUUAAUAUUAAUUAUUUGUUUAUUUUGUGCGAUAUAUAUCACCGUAGCCAUAUUUUUUUAUAUAUACAUACAAAAUACAAUGCAUACAACAUAACGACAUAAUUAAGUGAAAACAAAAAAUAGUUUUAUAAUAAAAGAAAUGAAAAAAAAAAGAAAAACACAACACACAACACAUAGACUUACUUCUAUAUAUUCCCGAGAGAGCUAAGGAAUAAAUAUGUCCAUAUUAAUAUAUAUAUUUUAUAUUGUGUUACAAAUGUUCUUCUUGUGUGUGAUUACAGAGCGACAUUUUGCACAUAACGACGGUGAACAGCCACGGAAAAUUAAUCGUUAUCUAAGAUCCUUAGCUGAUAAUUGUUGUAGUUAAAACUUAAGGCUUCAAAGAGACACGCCUUCGUGUGUGUGUGGCAUAUACUUUAAUUAAUUAUAUAUACACAUAUAUUUUUCGCUAGAGUUAGGGCAGCCGGAAUUAAGAAAAACGAAGCCAUCAUUAUAAUAUAUAAAUAUUAACUGAGAUGAAGAGUGAAGUGAAUGCAUAGUUAAUGUUGUUAUUUCCCCGAGAAUGCGUGAUAUGGAAGGCAAUGAGUUCUAUAUCAUUCAUUCCCACAUUUGCCCCGAUCUUUUCUUAGCUUUUGGUACAUUUUACACCGCUUAUAACAACAUAACAACUUCAUGAAACUAACUUGUACAAUUCUUAGACUUCGUGACUUCAAUAUAAUUUCGUUAUGAAUAAAUGGUAUAAUAUCACGUUUAUACCUUAAUAAUA